AUGCUUUGCCAGGAGCAAAGAAAGAGUGGAAACAAUGGCGUAAGAUAUGCCAAUGAAAAUACUAAACCUGGAGCCCUAUCUAUGGGUGCAAAAUCCCUUUGUAUCCCCUUGGAACAAUCUACCGAUAUUAAACCAAGCGAUAAAUGCAUACAUCCAGACUGUAAAAGCAAUCCGAAGUAUUACACAUUGUUCGGAAGAAGUUACUGA